CUCUUUAAGUCUCAGAAUAUGGCGGAGACAGAGGAGCCUGCAGCUGCCGGUGGUUGUGCUGAAGUGAGGACGGUCCUGUUGGGUCAGACGGGUUCAGGCAGGAGUUCUGUUGGAAACACUAUUUUGGGUCGAGACGCUUUCUGGACGGACGUCUCGCCCUUGUCGGUCACCGCUCGGUGCCAGAGGGCGGGAGGCGUGGUGGAGGGGCGGAGACUGGAGGUGAUCGACACUCCCGGGUUCUUCCACACUUGCCUGAGCCCUGAUGAGGUCCGUACAGAGCUGAGCAGGUGUGUGAACCUGGCAGAACCCGGUCCACACGUGUUCCUGUUGGUGUUGAGACCCUGCAGACAAACCCACGAGCAGAGAUCCGGUCUGGACUGGUUCAGCACUGUGUUUGGACCACAGUUUCUCAGAUACACCAUCAUCCUCAUCACUUGGGGUGACACACUGAGAGCAAAACCUGCAGAAGACUUCCUGAAGGAGAGCGAGGAACUGUGGGAGUUUGUGUGCGGGUGUACUGGAGGCUAUCAUGUGUUUGAUAAUACUAGAGGUCAUGAGGAGAGGUCACAGGUCACCGAGCUGAUGAAGAGGAUAGAUGUACUUAUACAGCAUAACGAAGGAACGUAUUACACCAGUGACAUGCUCCUGCGGGCCGAGACGGCCAUACGCCACAUACAGAGAAGGAUUCUGGGAGAGGAAGAAGAUGAGGAGCUUCAGAAGACAGAGGAGCGAGCAGGACAGGAUGAAGAGGAGGCAAGGAAGAGGGCGGAGCGUUUGUUUUGGAACGAGCUGGUCACGGCCAUGGGUCACGGAGCGAUAGAAGCGUCUGGAGUGCUGGAGAAAGGGAAGGGCAAAGGGAAGAAAGUGAAAGCCGUACAGAGGGCGGUGGCCAUCGCAUCUACACCCCUGUCACUCACAACCGCUGCUAAAGUGAUGGGAGGAGCCAUAAGAGAGGGCACGAAAAUACUGUACAAACACAAGAAAACACUACUGCACUGAGAAGAACAGUUCAGGAAAAAAUGUCAAUUAAACCAACUCAAUGCAGAAUUCGUCUUUGAUGGUGCUCAGCUGCUGCCAGAAAUGAUGAAAAUUACCCACAAAGCAUCAUUAAAGUAUAGACAACUCAUGAACUAAAGACCAAGCAAUGUGAAUGUUUGUGUGAAGAACAGAGCGAUCGCUCACAUCACUGAUUAUAUUACAUUAAUGUUACAUUCUGCAUCACAUCAACUGAAAUUAAAACAUGUGCAU